AUGCCUCGUAAGAAUAUCAACAACUGUGCCGUGUCACGUACAUCACUGGCUCUCAUCAAGGGCCAAGGAGAAAUAGGCGAGGUGUGCCACAAGUCCUACACGCAGUUCUCCAACCUGUGCCGCCACAAGCGCAUGCACGCCGACUGCCGCACCCAGAUCAAGUGCAAAGACUGUGGCCAGAUGUUCAGCACUACUUCCUCCCUCAACAAGCACCAGCGUUUUUGUGAGGGCAAGAACCAUUAUGGCCCUGCCGGGGGCCUCUUUGCUCCCGGCAUCCCUAUGAGCAGCCCCAUCCUGGCCAAGUCCAGGUCCCAUCCCCACCACCACCAACCGGGACUCAACCACUCAGGUCUGGCCUUCCCUGACUACUUCCCCUCCCGGCCCCAUCUUCACGCCAGCCUAUCCUUCUCCCCCAGGCCGCUUGGCUUCCCCUCACUCUCCCAUGGCUUCCCGGAUCGCUUCGUCCCCUCGCUCUACCCCCGACCGCCCUUACUGCCCCCCAGCCCCUUUCUGAAGAGCCCCCUGGGCAAGAACAGUAACAACGGUGGGAGCCAGGAGGGCAAGCUGCCUCACAGCCCCCUGGACAGGACUCCAUUGUCUCUGAUCAGCUCCAUCAACAACAACAACGGAGGAAAUAGUUUCCUCAGCAGUCAGGAGAGGGAGGACAAAGAGAGGCUGGAGCUGGCGUACAGAGAAGUCAAGGCCAAAGCCAAGAUGUCGGAGGUGUCGGACGGCAGCGACCUGGAGAAGUCAACGCCACCAGCGGCACCGACCUAGACACCACCACCGGCACCGCCUCGUGUUCAGAGUUAGACAGCGAUGCUGAGAGUGAGCGGGAACAACGGGAGCGGGUCAGCGGCACAAAGAGAAGGAAGGAGGCAGGCGUUGGAGGGGUGGUGGGGACAGAUAGGAUCGGUCAGGAUGGGCGGCCGGACAACGUGAGCAGCGGCUCAGUGUCGGCGGUGUCCAGCUCGUUCAACCUGGCUUGCGAGCAGCCCCCCUUCCUCUCGGUCGCCUCCCAGCACUCCUUUCCGCAGGCACUGCCCCCCACAGUGGCCACCGCUGCCACCGACUCCAUCAAGGCCAUCGCUUCCAUCGCCGAGAAGUACUUUG